AUGGCCUCGAACCGGUGUCUAGUUGGAUCCUCUGUCAUGCUCCACAUGGCGGUCGAGAUUCGCCCCGACAGCAAACGCCAACCGCAUCCACUCACCACUCAACAUCAGCAUAACGGACAUGGGAAUCACAUACAUUCCUUGACUAUGCCGUACGCGACCGAAGACGAGAUUGAUUGGAGUGAUGGCACCUUGCAUACACCAGCCCCUGCGUACCAUGAGCCUGACACUGCUAACAUGUGUCCCGGCCCUGUCCCUGUUGACGACCGGCAACAUGACUCUCUUUUUGAGUCUGAUGAUGAAAAGCUACCUAGUGUACAAGUGGAUCAGCUUUCUCAUGGGUUACCUGCCGACAUAGCUCAAUCUUUGGAAGAAAUACAGCAGAACAAUCCAUCAACCAUCCGUUGUGCUGAAACCAGUGUGCGUGAUCACUACCGCGUUCCCUCUAGAGACGACUACAUGGACUUCGUCCUCUACCAGGCCAAUCAGAAAGCAUAUGAAGCGACAAUACUCAAACAGUUCGUUGCGCAUGCCUUGCAUCCCGAUCAAGUUGGCAAGUGCUUCGGGAGCGAAGAAGCAACGCGUAUCGACAUCACUCGUUACAUGGCUUCAAUUAGUAAGAAUGUCGACAAACUCGCGAACAAGAUGGUUUGGAAUGCGCACCAUCGCGUGAUAUGCAUGUUCGCCAACGAGGGCAAAGAGAGCACAUCGUUCCUACAUGUCCGCAAUCUUGAAAAUGUCUUUGCUGGUUUCGGACCCAUAACAGCCUCACGGGUAGCUGGAAAACUCAGCGAAUCGUGGCAUCGCGCCAUGUCUGAGCCUCCCAUGAUACAGCUUUCUACUCUAGAAUAUCCUCUUCGUCGCCACACCCAUCCACUUGAAGAUAUUGAUGAUCUUGUCAAGACAUCCUUCAAUCAAUCGGCUCCCAAUGCGGUUCUGACUAGGAGUCCUCCUAUGGCUUUGACGAGGAAGAAGAAAGCUCGAAACAUACCAGGCAUUACCAAACGAGAGAAGCAGCCCUCUGUUUCGUCCAACAAUCACAUUGAUGACCCGGACAUCGAGGAGUCUUCGAUCUCCCCUUGUUCACUUUCCGGCCCUGAGAAAACCCUCACUUUGAUGACAACGCCUAUAGUCAAUGCGCAACCUAGUCAUUUUGUGGAGCCCAACAACGCGAAGCUUGAACUAGAGUAUAAUCAUAACAACUCAAUUGCUGAAGACUUUACUAACCCAUACGGUCGUAACGCUGUCCCAACACGGCUGGAGAUGCUUUUUGAUCAUUGUGGAGCCGAUGCGCUUACUGGUGACUGCGCAGUGCCAUGUGCUGGGGGCCAUAGCGAUAGCGGCAUCAUGGACGUACCUUCUUGGCCUCUAAAAUUGCUCCAUGAUCACAAAAGGCGGCUGACAGAGAGGUGGGGCAACCCAACACAGGCUCUGGAAACUCUUCGUUCCGGGUCCGAGCAGACGCUGGUUCAGGCUUUGGCGAAAGGAUUUUGCCCAACAGCUCCAGACUGGCAUGAGAGAGUGCAGAUCAUUGCUUCAGAGCAGACCAAUUCCAUUUCUGACCACAUUGUUCCAGUCAUGGAGCACAUCACGGCUGGUGCCAGGACUUCGCGUUCUCCGCGAGACAAGAACGGCAUUGAUAACAUUCCACUUGCCCCUUUCCACGCUACUGCUAAGCUUACAGAACCGAAUGAGGCGUCUGUGCCCUCGAAUAGGCCUGUCAUGAAGAGGAGAAAGAUGGAUACGAAGAGAGUUGCUUCGAGGCCGCUCACCAAGCGAAGUACUGUCAUGGCGCGCAAAUUAUCAAGGUCAGGCACUAAGCAACCCGAUUCUCCGGUACCUGUUGCUCAUACACCCAUUCUGCCUCAUCCAAGCGGAUCAAAGACCCUUGAGCCUGAUCAGAUCCUCCCACCAGGUGCCUACUUCGAAGCCAAAAGUCCGGACGAAAAGCCGGCCUGGCGCUGUUGCAUCAAGCAUGCAAUGGGCCACUACUACAACGCUGGCGACCGUAAAACAUGCCGUGGCUGCAACAGCACACUCAUGGACAUACCCAAGGUGACAUAUAUGGACUUCUAUAUGCCUCGGCGGCAAUUCUUCCACCAGCCUGCCACAGGCAUGCGCUGGAAGCCAUGUAAGCCGCCCCUUGGUAAAGGCCGCAAAAAUGACCAUUCAUGCCACAACAGCAUUGCAAAAUACCCAUUCUGGGCUGCUAUAGAUGCUGGUGCUACGGAAGAUCAAGCACGACAAAUUGGUCGCGACGCUGUGAUUGAGUAUCUCCGACCCAAGCCUCGCAAGGAACCUACUCCAAAACCUGAGCCGGAACCUGAGCCUGGCCCGCCCCCUCACCCCAGUGGUUCCACGACUAUGGAGCUUGGACAAGAGUUUUUUGAAUGCGCAUACUGGAAAAAGAAAGAGCGACAUGAGGAGUUUGCCUGGCGCUGCGAUGUCAGUCAUGGCCUUGGGCGGUACUAUCUUGCAGGGGAUAAGAAGUCUUGCCCUGGAUGUGGCACGAACAAAGGCGGCCGCGGUAGACAAACAGUCAUGGACUUUUUUCUCCCUCCGGGAACAAUACUACGUCAAGAAGCACCAGGCCUGGUCAAAUGGAAACCCCGCCAGUACAAAGCCCGCGCCGCCAACAACGUUCGUGCUACCAAGAACAUUAAAACCCAACCUGGCAGUCAUAACCAAGUCUGCUCGGAAAAGUAUUUCCAGGCCAAGGCACAAGGUCUUGAGCAUGAAGAGGCACUGCAACUCGCUCUUGAACAGACUGAUGCCUGGCUUGAUGGCAAACAGGAUGAACUGGCUCGCCAGUAUGAACAGCAGGAUGAUGACGAAGUGUCCAACAGCGCCGAAGAUACCACUCCAACGGCCUCCAGCAGCCAUUCUGGCAACACGUCUGCAAAGACCAACCCAGUUGAAGAUGCAGAGUCGAAUGCUUGCCGUCGCAAUGCUCACGGAGGCUGCACCGUCUCGCUGAUCCCGACGAAGCGGACCAGUGAUGAGUUGAGUGAUGAGGACAUGGAUGGUACGGAUUCCCUGUUUGGCGCAGAUGGAGAUGACGAAGGUGUAUUUGAGCAAGGAAUGCACAAUCUUCCUCCGUAUCUCGAGCUUUAUGCUAAUUCAUCGGCGGAGGAGAGUUCUGGGUCAGAGAGCGAGUAG